AUGGUUUCCCUGAUCUCAAUUAUCCUCGCAGUCUUCGCUGCCGUCGGAGCUCUCGCAGCACCGGUGGAAGCCCCCGAGUCGUCCCUCAACGAGACGUUCUCCGUGCAGUCCACCCCCAGCUCGACCGGCUGGAACAACGGCUACUACUACUCCUUCUGGACCGACGGCGGCGGCGACGUAACCUACACCAACGGCGCUGGAGGUCAGUACAGCGUAAAUUGGAGGAACGUCGGCAAUUUCGUCGGCGGCAAGGGCUGGAACCCAGGUAGUACCAGAACAAUCAACUAUGGAGGCAGCUUUAGCCCCAGCGGCAAUGGCUACCUCGCCGUCUACGGGUGGACGACCUCCCCCCUGAUCGAGUACUACGUCGUCGAGUCAUACGGCAACUACAACCCCGGCAGCGGCGGCACCUACCGCGGCACGGUGAACAGCGACGGCGGUACUUACGAUAUCUACACGUCGACCCGCUACAAUGCGCCGUCCAUCAUUGGCACCGCGACCUUUGAGCAGUUCUGGUCGGUGCGCAAGUCCAAGCGCACGGGGGGCAGCGUCACCAUGGGGAAUCACUUCAAUGCGUGGGCGGGUCUGGGACUGAGGUUGGGGACUCAUAAUUAUCAGAUUGUGGCCACGGAGGGCUAUCAGAGCAGUGGCUCUUCGUCUAUUACUGUUUAUUAG